CUCCUGACGGCUGUAGGAUGACCAGCCCGGAGGUCAGCGGGGCGGACUGAAGGCUGAGCAGCACGGCGGGUGCCCGCAGCCGGGGGCAGACAUGGAGAAGUUCCAGGCUGCGAUGCUGCUGGGGGCUGUCGGGGACGCUCUGGGGUUCGGGCACACCGCCAGGGAGAGCAGCGGCUCGGGCGCCAGGGUCCAGGAGGAGCUGGGGAAGGGGGGCGGGUUGGACCACCUAGUGCUCUCGCCGGAGACGUGGCCUGUGAGCGGCAACACCAUCAUGCACAUGUCGACAGCGGGGGCCCUCGUCACAGACUUCUGGUGCCUGGACGACCUCUACCGUGAGAUGGUGCGGCGCUACGUGGAUGUCCUAGAGAAGCUCCCGGAGCAGCGGGCAGACCCGGCCACCCUGGAGGGCUGCUCCCAGCUGAAGCCGGACAACUACCUCCUCGCGUGGCACACGCCGUUCAACGAGAAAGGCUCGGGGUUCGGCGGCGCCACCAAGGCGAUGUGCGUGGGGAUGCGGUACUGGCAGCCAGAGCGGCUGGAGACGCUGGUGGAGGUCAGCGUGGAGUGCGGCCGGAUGACCCACAACCACCCCACAGGCUUCCUCGGGUCCCUGUGCACUGCCCUCUUUGCGUCGUAUGCCGUCCAGGGAAAGCGGCUGGAGCAGUGGGGGCGCGACAUGCUGCGGACAGUGCCGCUGGCCGAGGAGUACUGCAAGAAGACCAUCCGGCACCUGGCAGAAUACCAGGAGCACUGGUUUUACUUUGAAGCUAAGUGGCAGUUUUACCUGGAGGAGAGAAAAAUCAUCGAGGACACCGAGAACGAGGCCAGCUUCCCCGACCGCUACGACGCGGAGGAGAGGGACAAAACCUACAGGAAAUGGAGCUCUGAGGGUCGGGGAGGACGGCGGGGCCACGACGCCCCCAUGAUCGCCUAUGACGCCCUCCUGGGAGCCAAGGGCAGCUGGACGGAGCUGUGCCGCCGCGCCAUGUUCCACGGAGGUGAGAGCGGGGCCACCGGGGCCAUCGCCGGCUGCCUGUUCGGGCUGCUGCACGGCCUGGACGCCGUCCCCGCGGGCCUGUACCGCGAGCUGGAGCACCACGACGAGCUGAGGCGCCUGGGCGAGGCACUACACCGCCUGUCCACGCAGGAGAAGUAAAGCCUUCCCCGCCGGGGCCACACGC